AUGAGGAUUUUAGCAAGAAAGGGUCAUUUCCUUCGUUUAUACUUGGUUUAUGCUGUAAUUCUUUACCUUUUUCUACUUAUUCUUGAUAAUUGGCUUGUUAAGACUCAAUUGCCUACCUCUUUCAAUGCAAGGGUAGCUUAUCUUCAAACACCAAUUGAGAAUGUUCGCAUAGUCGAAUGUGGGUUAUUCUCUCCCUUUUGCAGACCUGUACUUUUAUUCUGGCGAUGGGAUCGCUCUAGCAAAAACUUGUAUCAAUCAUGGCUUCCUUGGAAACGGGCAUAUGUCUUUGUAAAAAGACCUAUUAGAUAUAUUUCUGGGGUAACAAAGACUGUCGAGAAUAUAUUUAUUGAUCCUCAAAUGGCGAAAGGAAAUAGUUAUGGUCUCCACAUUCAGCACGGUCCAAAUGGGGAUGUAUGUGAUGUGGAAGGCUUAUUUGGCUCCGAUGCCACUGAACUACGAAGAGGAUGGAUUCCAGUUCAAUCAGAUUUCCUUUAUCUUGGUCGUCCAGUUUUGCUGACCCAACGUUAUUGCUCAUAUCCCCUUGUUUCAACUAUAGAGAGUCUUAAGAACAAUGAACCAUCUUUCGUAGACGUGCCAUUUAAUAAACAGAAAGAUACAUUAAAGAUUUUGCAGUUAUCGGACUUGCAUAUUUCUUCUGAACUCACAAAGUGCCGAGAUUCGUAUCCUCCAGAACGUCCUUCAGACUGUAUGGCAGACGCAACUACUCGAACUUUUGUUACUGACUUAUUGAAACGGGAAUCUCCAGAUUUGGUCCUCUUUACGGGUGAUUUAAUUACCGGUGAUGCGGUGGACGAUUCGAAAACGUCUCUAAUGAAAGCACUAGCACCUGUGGUAGAUUACGAAAUACCCUUCGCCGUUACUUAUGGAAAUCAUGAUAGUUUAGGAGAUUUAGCUAACGACGACAUGGCUCAGAUUGUUCACCAGGUCCCUGGAAAUAUCGGUUUAAUGGGAAAUAUUUCUGGGGUUGGGAAUUAUGUUUUGCGAAGUCCCGAUAAAUUUGCUAUAUAUGUACUGGAUUCACAUGCAGGAACUACGAAUGGUCGAGCUUGUCCUCUGUAUGAUGCGAUUAAGAAAGACCAACUUGCUUGGUUGCGAUCAAGAAAGACAGAAUUUCAAAACGACCCCAUUCAAAUGGUCUUCUUUCAUAUACCACUAAGAGAAUUUUGUGAAGUGGACGAUAUGGUCGGGUCGUAUCGAGAAAAAUGUUCCUCAUCCUACUGUGAUCCGGGGACAGCAAAGACGCUAAAUGAAUUGCAAAUUCCUUUGGCUGUAGCUGGUCACGAUCAUGUGAAUGAUUUUUGUGGAAUUCACAAGACACAUCAGGUAAGAUUCUGUAUGGCAGGAAGCUCUGGGUUUGGUGGCUACGGCGGACAUGGUGGAUACAUUCGGCGUGCCAGAAUAUGGGAAUUAAACCCCUCUGAACGCACCAUUCGCACCUGGAAGCGACUGGAAUGGCCUCCAGAAGAUAGGUCGAAGAUAUUUGAUGAUCAAACGUUUAAUGUCUAG